AUGUUCUUAUCUCUACGCCUGAGUAAGUUAUUGGAUGCCUAUCUUCAAAAUAAUUCAAAAUAUGAGUUGGAACGCUUUAUUGCUUCUCGGGACUGUUUGCCGAUACAUAAGCUUCAUCGCGUUGUUGCCGGUCUAUACUGGAUUGGUCGGAUUAUGUGUGUCUUGAUCGUACUACUGAGUAAAGUGGAUGGAUCAAGUAUGGUAGCUUAUUCAGAGCUACCAACUGCAGAGGAGAUUGUUGAAACUCUAACCCCAAUUGGGUUUUGGUUUUGUAAUCAGCACUAUGCCAUAAAUGUUCGGCCCUACACACUAAGCCAGCCACUUGAUGCCGUCUAUAAGGAGACACCCGUCUCUAACACAAGAUCUGAUCAAAAUCCUUCGUUAUCAAACACUCCCUUGUAUGUGAUAGAAUACGCUGACAGCUGUGUUUUCUUUGGACUGCCUAUCUAUAUAGAGGAAGACCGGGCAAGGGCUGAUUUAGACGAGUUGAGAAAGAUUGCAACUAUUAGGACUACAACGGCCAUUAUUAGUUAUGAAUUCAAUAAUGCAAGCCGCUAUGUGGUAAGUUUGCAAAUUCUAUCUCGAGCUAUCCAUAUCUUUGACUGCUCAACCCUAUGCUUUGAUCUGAACGCGUCCCAGGAAACGAAAGAGAAGGCUAGUUCGAAAGGUUUGGCCGCUGCUCGGAUAGAGGCCCAGAAUACACUUGAUCACGCUGACUAUACAACCGCCUGUACACUUAAGUUUUCGUCCGUAGCAGAUAUUGGACUUUUUGAGCGGAUCUUGAGUUCUAUUGUCUUAUUGCGGCCAGUUAUAGGCAUUAAUUUAGAGAAGGAAACGUUUCACUCUGUCGCCCACAUUAGCAAGUUUUCGCUGACCGGCGAUUACACCCUUGCCUUUGAACAUUUACCUGCUAGUGUGAGUAUUGAUUUCGGGUUUCUACAGAACUCAUCGACCAAAUGUAGCCAGAUUACGAUCAAAGACUUUACCGGCACAAAGAUUGCCCUAACUGGUCUUAAGGAUGUUACAACUAAACAUCCAACGCUAGCUUUGCAAGCAAACUGGCGGACCAUUUUCUAUUUAGGCCGGCACAGUAAGUCUUUAAUCGAAGUAAACACUAUUAUGGGUCCUGAUAUCAACCAGGACUCUAAUGAGAUUAUGAUGGAUGCCCUUAAUAAGCAGAGUCCCCCUAAGCCCCGACUCUGUGCUGCCAAGGCCAUUUUCAAUAUUCCCGACUAUAUGUCAUGUGACCCUUUUGACUACUAUACACAACUCUACAGUACCACAACCUUUGCUAACUUAGGCAUUGCCGUUUCUAACGUCCAGAUCGACUAUAAAGAGAAUCGCAACGACUUUUUCACCACUAUCAAGAUACUGUGCCAUCUAUCGAAUUUAUCACGAGCGGUUCUCGACGAGAUCCAGGAACAACAUAUUAGAUGCGAAGGAAAGACGCUCAGCAUCCCAGGAUGGAAAUUUCCAAAGCCACUUAUUAUUCGGCUUGAUAAUCCCCAGGUAGAUUCAGAUCUUAACUACUACCAAGCUAAACACUACUUAUGCUUUUGCCAAAAUAUCACCUAUACCAAUAUCCGGAUUGAUGGACACCCAACACCGUACGAUGGACAGAUUGAAACAUGCAUUGUUCUACUAGUUUUAUUCCAAAACAUCACAGCUCAUGAACUCAGACUCUCAAAUUUAUAUGACAACAACCAAAUCACUAGCGAGUUUGAUCUAGACGUUCUAAAAAGAGAACCCCGCCGGGGGCCGAAAUGGCACUUAGAUGUCGACAUUUUAGUCUUAAACAAUGUCGAUGAGCGCAUUAUUUACUGGAUGCUAGGCAGUUACAUCUUUCAAGAUUCAAUGCAAGUCUACAUUAUGAACCAACGAUUCACUAACCUCGCCAUUGCUCAAGUUUUGGCCCUUCCCAGAUUCCAAAGUAUUGCGUCACUCGUAAUCAACGACUUUCUUGAACUCAAUGAAGUUAUCUACUACCAUAACCAAGCGGCAAUCCAAGGGUUUUCAUUCUUCGAGUAUACAAACUCAGACCGACUAGAAGAUAAGUUAGCUCGCGAGUUAACUCUACGAAAACUAGUCCUUCAACUGGACAGCACCGAAAUUAGUUUACACAGUGAUGUUUUGAGCACGUUUUUGAGAUAUGGUAUUCAGUACCAGAUUGUUCAUCCCAAAGCCCAGACUAUCCGCACCUCAACCUCCCUUAUGAAUGCCAUUAUAUUGGCCAGAGAUAAUUCAACACUUUAUAACGUUACUUUAGAAGCGAUCAAAGCCGACUUACUUCGCUGCCAAGCUGCUUGCCAGUAUCUAACACUCCCAAACCAGUUAUUGUCCAACCAGCCGAUUGAAUUCUACAACUACUCCGUGCAAAAGCUAUUCUUACGCUUCGGCAGCAACCAGGUACUGACUGAACCAAACUUAGUAACUGUGCUUCGCUGGAUAACUUGGCGAUUUAGUAAUCUAAAUGUCUUACGACUAACCAACGCCAUAAUACCCAAAAAGGAACAAAAGACAAUAACAUCACGCAACUAUUUACUCCGUGCCCAGGAAGUACUCCUUACGGUUCGACUAGAAGAUACAACUCCAACCACUCCACCUAUUGAACUAUUAAUCCGACCAUGUCCAGAUAAUGAAGACACACUUACUACUAAUUCUGAAGUAGAUUGCACCGUCGUAGCCUAUACAACUCUUCGCCAACUAGCAGUCCGCCCAGAUAAAUUCAAAGAUCUUAUUCCUGACCAUUUCCGCCCCAAAGAAUCUCUCCAAGCAACCACCCGUCAACUCAAGAAAAAGGGCCAAGCAAUUGUCUGUACUGCUUGUUCACGAAGACUUCAUCCAGUAUCAAGUAGAAUAGGCUGGAAACGGUUUAUGUGUACUACGAAUACUAACAGCCCAACCAAACCAACCGACAACGACAUUCUACUCUGCUACCUUCAAUGCGGCCACCCACUCUGCAGCAUCUGCAUCCUCGAAAUAUACAACCGCCCAAACAAAGACUCACCAUGCUGCCAACAACAAUGUACAUUCAUGAAUUCUCGACGACUUAUCAGCGCACCACUAUCUAGCUUUAUUUUCAUCGAACCCAAUUAUACUCCAUCCACUAUCAAUCAAGAAUGGCUCAAAACUUUAGUCUGGCAUGACAAUCUAGUUUAUUUCUAUCUCCCCUACAAAGGCAUUUCCGAUCUCUCCAAAGACCUCAACCAAGAAUCCAUCUAUACCCCCACCACUCAAUUCCACAUCAUCUAA